CACCCCCACCCCAAAUCAAAUUCAAAUUCUCUCUCAAACCCAAAAAACCAAGCCCCAGGAAAAACAUUCCCAUCCCAUCCCCUAAAAAGAAAAACAAGUUAGGGUUUUUGGGGUUGGUUGGUGUUUUUAGUUUUCCAUCGAAUUCAUUUUCCCCAAUGUCACAACUUUCCCGCAGUAGUGGUAGUCUUGAUGACACACCUUCCACCCCUGGAAAGUUCAAACCGGACAAACCCUCGCCGUACAUUCACCGCCUCCGCUUCCACAACUUGUCCAAAUUCACUUUCUACUCCGCUUUCUUCUUAGCCAUCCUCUGCUUCUUUUUCCUUCUCUCUUCUCCUUCUGGCUCCAACCCCCGCCGAUCUCUCGGCUCCUAUGGCGGCUCCGACUGGGAGCGCCACGUCACUCGCUCGGCUCGCCGCCGCUCCGACUCCGGCAUGACCGUCCUCGUCACCGGCGCCGCCGGCUUCGUCGGGACCCACGUCUCCAUGGCCCUGAAGCGACGAGGCGACGGGGUUUUGGGUCUCGACAACUUCAACCUCUACUACGAACCCACCCUCAAGCGCAAUCGCCAGAAGGAGCUCCAAAAGAAUGGCGUUUUCAUCGUCGAGGGAGACUUAAACGACAAGCCGUUGUUGCAUAAGCUCUUCGAUGUCGUUGCGUUCACACACGUCAUGCACCUCGCAGCGCAAGCUGGUGUUCGCUACGCUAUGCAGAACCCGAGCUCUUAUAUCCAUAGCAACAUCGCUGGGCUCGUUAAUCUUCUCGAAGUUUGCAAAUCAGCGAACCCACAACCUUCAAUUGUCUGGGCUUCCUCGAGUUCUGUCUAUGGAUUGAAUUCUAAGGUACCCUUUUCAGAAAAAGACCGGACCGAUCAACCUGCGAGUCUCUACGCAGCAACGAAAAAGGCCGGUGAGGAAAUUGCUCAUACUUAUAAUCAUAUAUACGGUCUUUCUAUUACAGGGUUAAGGUUUUUCACUGUGUAUGGACCUUGGGGUCGACCGGACAUGGCGUAUUUCUUUUUUACUAGAGAUAUUCUUAAAGGGAAAGUGAUUAAGAUAUAUGAGACUGCGGAUCAUGGUAGUGUGGCGAGAGAUUUUACAUACAUUGAUGAUGUUGUGAAGGGUUGUUUGGCUGCGCUGGAUACGGCGAAGAAGAGUACUGGAAGUGGUGGGAAGAAGAAGGGUCCUGCGCAAUUUAGGAUUUUUAAUUUGGGGAAUACGGCACCAGUGCCGGUGAGUGAGCUUGUGAAUAUAUUGGAGAAGCUUUUGAAGGUGAAGGCUAAGAGGUUGGUGUUGCCGAUGCCGAGAAAUGGGGAUGUGAAGUUUACGCACGCAAAUAUAAGUUUGGCGCAUCGGGAGCUUGGGUAUAGGCCCACUACUGAUUUGGAGACAGGGCUGAAGAAGUUUGUGAAGUGGUAUUUUAAAUAUUACAAGGAGGAGAAGAAGAAGAUUAGUGCCUGGUGAAGUUUCUCAAUUUUUAUUUGAACGUGUUUCACUCAUUUUGAUAACUUUGUGCUCAUUGGCAUUUGUCAUUAUCGUGAUACUGUCAUAUGAGAGAGAAUGAUGUCCUGUGAUUGAGAGGCAUUUUGUUGCAGGGCAGAGUAUAAGAAACUUAUGUUUUUUUUUUUUUUCCCACAUGUUGCUGCUUUUAUUUAGGGUGUUUCUUUUAGUUUAGGUGUUGUACAGUCCAUGACUGAUAGAUCACAGAGGUAUUCUGAUUGACGGGUUUCAUUUUAUCAUCUUGAUAUUGAAAUAAAAUAGCAUUUGUUUGCAAUGGA